AUGGAAGAAAAUGAAGUUGUGGCAGAUUACUUCAAUCGUGUGCAAGUUGUUGUUAAUCAGAUGAGAACAAAUGGUGAAUCAUUAAUUAAAGUGGUGAUUAUUGAAAAGAUCCUUAGAACAUUAACACAAAGGUACAAUCACAUAAUGGUGGCAAUUGAAGAAUCAAAGGAUCUUGAUAAGAUGAAAGUGGAGGAUUUGCAAGGCUCUCUUGAAGCUUGUGAACUGAGAGUAAGAGAAAGGUGUGCAGCAACCUCAACAUCUCAAGUGCAGGUCCUGCAGCCCCAAGAUAACAAGAAGACCAACCAAUGUAAUAUGAAGCACAAGAAAGGCAAACGUAAAUUCAAGUGGUACAAGAAAUAUGAUUCUGAUGAAGAGACUGGUGAUUCUGAUGACAGGUCUGGAAGUUCAAGAAAUCAGAACAUAAGUGAUAACAACAACAAGAAUUCAAAUGGCAAGAAGAAAUUCAAUAAGAAGGGAAUCCAAUGUUAUAAUUGUAAAAAAUGGGGGCAUUUUGCAAAUGAAUGCAAAUCCAAGAACGUCCAAAUAGAGGAUGAUGAAGCUCAAAUGGCAGCCGAUGAUUCAGACUCAGAUGAUGUGUUAUUGAUGACCACCACAAACGGAGAUCAUUCUCCGUUUUCAGACAAAGUGUUGUUGAUUGCAACUACAAACCAAGAACGUUCUAGAAAAAGUGUUAAAAACGAAUAA